CGACAGCAUUCCUCCGACUCGAUAGACCCAGGGAAGGGAUAGCGUCAUCUUCAAAUCAGGCCCGUCGAGAUCGAUCAGAGAGACUCCAUUCGACACACCACGCAACACAACACCAGGACCAUCUGCGGAAACAGAUCACAACAUCGCAACAUCGCCUCGACAGGCCACGAGCAUGCGAACGACCACACCCUGACCACGUGGGCCAAUCACUCACUCAUCUCCAUCUUGAAACCAAAAAACCACCUCGAUGGCCGACUUCGCCGCCGCGCAAGCCCGCAUCCUCCAACGCCGCGCCGCCCGCGAAGCCUCCCUCAACGCCGCCGCCCAAUCCUCACGAAAUCUUACCUCUACCAACGACUCCCUGCCCCCAUCCAACCGACUCUCCCGACUGCCCACACCACUACGAUCCCUACUCACCAGCACAAGCUCCAGCACGCGGACGCUCUUCAACCUCGUCUCGAGCCCCUACGGCACCAACCCGGCCUUCCGCGUCGGCCAGGUCGACGCCGAGCUCCUCGACGAGGCGCUCCUCGACCUGCUCAAGAAGCAGGCGGGCGAGGGCCUAAAGCUGUUCGGCCCGCAUCUUGUCGACGACUGGGAGGCGGAGGUCCUACUGCUCCUGCGGAUCGUGCUGUGGAAACUGUCGAUCUGGGACCACGGCACGAGCUAUGGCGCGAGCCUGCAGGGGCUGAAAUACAUCGACGCUCGGGGGAGGGGGAAGGUCGGCGCGGCGUUGACGGCGGCGGGGAAAGAGGCCAGUCGGGUGCAGCGGGCGGGCCAUGGGCUGGUCAUGGUCCUGGGCCGGUACGGGUGGACGAGGUGGGAGGAGUAUCUCUCGGCGCAGGAGGGCGGGUACGAGAUGCCGAGCGCGCUGAUCCGGAGGUUAAGUCGUCUAUCGGGUCUCUUGACGAGCGGAUACAACGUCGCGGCCCUGGCAUCCUUCGCGGUAUUCCUCUGUAAUGGACAUUACCGGACGCUGACGGACCGGAUCCUCCGACUCCGCCUCGUCCCCGUCUCCAACCAGACCAGUCGCGAGGUCUCGUUCGAGUUCCUCAACCGCCAGCUCGUCUGGCACGCCUUCACCGAAUUCCUCCUCUUCCUCCUCCCGCUGGUGGGCAUCACCCGGUGGAAGCGCUGGCUGGCGCGCGCGUGGAAGAAAUUCUCCACCCUCCCCAUCUUCCGCCUCCGAAGACCCGGAAGCAAACUCCACCCCAACCUUGACGGAGACGACGACGACGCCACCCCGCGGCCCGCCGGCGAGCUCUCCUUCCUCCCCGAACGCACCUGCGCCAUCUGCCACCAGGACCAGAACCCGACCAGCGGCGUAUCGGAACAGGACGUCCUCGCCGGCAGCGGCUCCGGCGGCAUCGCGGGCUCCGCGUCCACGGACAUCACCAACCCCUACGCCGCGGACCCCUGCGGCUGCAUCUACUGCUUUGUGUGCCUGGCGCAGCGCAUCGAGGGCGAGGAGGGCGAGGGGUGGACGUGUCUGCGGUGCGGCGAGACCGUGGGGGCGUGCGCGCCGUGGGACGGGGACGUCCUCACCGCGGCGGCGGGGGUGGCAUCCUCGAGGCCGGGCAGUUCCGGCGGCGGUGGUGCCAGGCGAGGCUCGACGUCGCCUGCUUCCCCGCGGGGCAGUCGAGCGGGGACCCACCCCCGCGGCGCAGCGGGCGAGGACGAGGAUGAGCGGCGGAGCGAGCGCAGCGCGCACUCCCAUGCGCCGCCGCGGCGGCGGAAGAGCGUCAUGUUCGACCUCGACGACGACGACUCCGAGAGCUUGAAGAGGACGCUCUCCGCGAGGAGCAGCGAUGGUGGCGGCAGUCAGUUGAGCCGGGUGGAUCCCAUGCCGAUGGACGACGACGGCGACGCCGCGAUGAUGAUGGGCGGUUGGAGCCGCGCGGACGAGGACGACGAGGCGAUCGAGAGCGGAGACGACGAGUACGAUUGAAAAUUCUCCCCCGGGGACGAUGUUCUUUAAUUCUUCAUUUUUGGCAGGGGAGGGAAUGGACCUUUUUUUCUCUCUCAGCGAAGAGGUCUGGAUCGGACAUGGAUUCUUCUUCUUUUCUUCUGGAUUCUUCGUUUCAUCUUCUCCUUCUCCAUCCCUCUUCGUCGUCUGCUUGCGCCGGGUGGUUGGGGUCUGUGUAUCCCCCCCUGCACGGCCUUGACCACGCUAUCUACCACGGCCAGUCCCAAUCUACAGGUCUUGCCCUCCCCACAUAUAAGAAUACAUUCUGACCAGAGAAGGCAGUGCCGCGGAUCCCCGGCCGUGAACAUCCCGAUUUAUCGAUGGAGUAACGUCCAUCCCUGUGACCCGAGACGCACUGUGUCCCGAGACAUAUUUUAGAAAUUGCUUUUUAUUGUCGUAUCAUUCUUAUUUAUAUAUAGAACCAAUGAUUGAAUAUCGACGACGAAGUUGAAGUUCCCAACAUA